AAACCUGCAGAGGAAAUUGAAAGUCUCCAGGUCAUCAAAGUCCUUCAUUUCUGUUUGGUUGCUUUACACACUUUGACCAUAUAUCAGAUAGCAGCAGUUUUGAAGAAAUCCCACAGAUGUUUAUAGCCAAAGAUUCUGCUCGUCAGGGAUGGACAACUGUUGACAGAUUUCGAUCGAAGAUGUUCAGCAAGGUUCGCUACUUUGAGUAGUUUAGUUAUCAGCGAGAAACAAGCGGCACGUGUUUCUUGCAACCAGAUUCGCAGGAUCGUGGUUCAAUAUGGUGGCAGGGGGGAUUAUGUACAAAUGGAAUUCAUGCGCCACCUUCCACUUGGCAAGAAGCGGACGUCAGGUCAUGCAUGAUCUAUCUAACACAAGGGUUCAAGAUUUGGACUCAACCUUCUUAGUUUAAGAGGCUCGAAUCCUCUUCCAACGAGGAUUGGCGCAAACACUUUCUCAGAGAUUUUCAACACUUUCUCUGUUCAAUACUGGGACUCAAUCUGAUCUUGUCCCAUCACUUGAUACUUGGAGCAUCAUCAAGACUACACAAUUAGACGCUCAGACGUGCAGGGGAGCAUCAUGGCAGGGGCAGAUAAGGGAGAUCAGGCGAUGCAACGGAUAUUCAACAAGGAGGGUGUGACCAAGGUCGACACUGUCACAAGAAAGACGACUCCUGAGGAGAGAAAGGGAGUUGUGAGCAAGAACUGUGAGAGUGGGCCAGGACACGCUGAGCAGACCAAACCUUUCUACCAGGGGAAAGCAAUCACCAACACCUGAAGAGGCGAAAAUGUAAUUGAUCAUUUUUUUACAAUGCUUUUUCGUCAGACGAGGACAGUGCUUUCUCAAUAGUGGAUGUUUUAGACGUGAUGUUAGUACGAAAAACUGCCUUUCUAUAGGCGGAAACUCGGUUUACACAUGCAGAUUCGAAUCGUGCACUUGUAAGCUAUGCUCUCGGAUCGGACACCAUAUAUCUCGGAGCAAGUUUUCCUCUGUACUCUCUGUGGAGACUGAAGUCAAAAUUGUAUCUGCACGUAUUUGCACGUUGGCCUUAUUGCUAGUUGUAAG